AUGGCAAACCAACGAUGGAGUGCAGAUAAAAAUAUACAAUUCAUUAAUGAAUAUCAGCGAGAAGAGUGUCUCUGGGACCCGAAUCACCCACAAUAUAAACUUAGGGAUGCCCGAGAUGUGGCCUACAAAACAAUUAUGGAAACUAUGGAGAUGCAAAAUGUCAAAGAAGUUGUUGGUAAAAUACGCUCCCUUCGAAAUACUUACAACAAUGAGUUGUUAAAGACAACAAAAUCUAAUACGGGCAUGGGAAUUAAUAAACUGUAUAUUUCUAAAAUUCCUUGGCUGUCACAUUUGGAUUUUUUGAAAAAUAUUGACAGCUAUACUAGAGAAAAAAUAGAAAAUGUGGCAACAAAUACCCAGGCAACAAAUACCCAGGCAACUUCUACUUUAGAAUCCGACAGCAAAUAUUUUUCCGUACCGUCCAUAUCUACAAGAUAUAAAAGAAAAAGAAAAGAUCCCCUACUGAAGGCAGUAGAUGUAUUAGAAAAAGUUGCACCGCAGCACUUUUCACAUGCUCAAGAUGAAUUUGAUCUUUUUGGACAAACUAUAGCUGAACAGUUACGGCAACUUCCUCUAGAAAUGGCUCUGGAAACAGAGGAAAUGAUAUUGUCAACAGUACGAAAGCAACGAAUCAAAUUAGCAAAACAACAGACGUCAACUCAACAAGUUCGCCUUCCAGCUUCUUCAGAUUAA